AUAAAAAAGGAAUAUUAACAGAGAGACACUUACUAUAAUCAGUCAUCAAAACACGCUCUCUGAAAAAAUAUUAUCAGUAGUAGUGAGAGUGGUAGCAGGUAGGCAGUCGCUCCCAAACAUUCAUCCAAGUUCAAUCGUUCUAUCGGUCUACCUCCAGUUGAAACAUGAUUGUUAAUCAAGAAAUUCCACUCGAUACAAUUCCUCUCGAAAAGGUGUACAUUAAUCUGCGCAGUGUAGAGCGCUCGGUUGACCUUUUAACAUCGUCGCUUAUCAAACAGCAAACGCCGGCUCAACUGCUGAACUGGACCUUGAAAGCACUUAGCUUGACAGAUCUGACAACUCUAAGUGGCGAUGAUACCAAGACCAAUGUGGAGCGAUUAUGUUUUCGAGCAGCUUAUCCCUUGUCGGAACGGACGGUAAACCCGAAUCUCUACGAGUCGAUACAUACGGCUGCUGUUUGUGUGUAUCCAAGCCGGGUAGCCGAUGCCCACGAGUCACUGAAAGCACUUGGAAAACUAGAUAAAAUCCAAAUCGCUGCCGUGGCAACCGGUUUCCCAUCCGGCCAAUAUCCGUUGCACACUCGUCUUUUGGAAAUCCAGUACGCUAUCGAACAGGGUGCAACUGAAAUCGACAUUGUCGUCGAUCGAGGUCUGGUGCUGCAAAACGAUUGGGAAAAGUUGUACAACGAGAUCGUCCAAAUGCGACAGGCUUGCGGAAGUAAAGCUCAUCUAAAAACUAUUCUAGGAAUUGGUGAAUGCGGAACAAUGGUUAAUGUCUACAAAGCUUCUAUGGUAGCAAUGAUGGCUGGAUCAGAUUUUAUUAAAACUUCCACCGGGAAGGAGGCGGUCAAUGCCACCCUCGUGGUUGGACUUGUAAUGAUUCGUGCCAUUCAAGAGUUCUACAGAAUAACAGGGAAGAAAAUCGGUCUCAAGCCUGCCGGAGGUGUACGAACUGUGAAAGAUGCCGUCGCUUGGAUGAUCAUGAUUCAGGAAACAUUGGGAAAUGCAUGGCUGGAACCGGAACUAUUCCGCUUCGGAGCUUCGGGACUGUUGGAUGAUGUUGAGAAGCAGUACUAUACCCUUUUGUCAAAAUUAAAGUAGAGGUAGCUCGUUGUUUAAAAUGUGUAUUUUUGUUUAAAUUUGUACAAUACCAUAACAAUAAAUAACUAGAAGAUUG